AUGAAAAUGGCCGAGAACGGUAACUUACCGUAUAUAGACGGCGAACGCAGGGGAAUGCAUCAGUUUAUCUAUGCUGGGAAUCUUGCAGCAAUCGUGGAUCGCUGUCUGGGCUUUCUAGCCACCAAUCCGGACCGAGUCAAUACCGAGAUCAUCUACUGUCUUGACGAUACUAACGCAAUACCUAUCAGACAGUUUCUAGAGCAACGAGUUCAGUCUUCGCGGUUUUCUGCAAAACACGAAGUUUCAUUCGAGAAAUCCUUCCUUCAACACUAUCUGUCCCACAUCAAAUACAGUAUCGGACUAGAGGUCUCGAAGGAAACGCUCUCAUAUCCCAUGUUCCGUUUUCUUUUCGCGAAGACCAUCGGAUUCAGUGAUAGAAAACAACGACUAUUACUCGACCACCUACCAGAGAUAGCACCAUCGGAGGCGAUGAAGCGUUCCCUACAUAUGCAAAAAGAAACUUCAGGAGUUCAAAGACAAGCUGCACGAAGUGGAUAA